CAAUUUGUACUGAUUCCGGACCUGUCACGCACACAUUUGCGUUCGUUCUGGUAGUACAAUACUAUCAUACGAGUUACAGUACGAGUAGUACCAUACGACUGGACUUUCGAUUCCUGUGUUGAACUUUUUGGGAAGACGACGAGUAGAAGUACAACACAACACAACACAACACAACACGAUUCAAUACAACCCCACACAAUACAACAAAACACGGCAAAGCAGGCAACAGGACACAGCGCUAGCACAAGCACAAGCACACGAUCGAAACCCCCCGCCAUGAGGAAACGACAACGACAACGACAACGACAACGACAACAGCGACAAAGCCCGAAUCGCAGCGGCACCACCGCAGGGGCACAAACCAAAAACGCUUCGGGCACGAAACAGAAACGCACGAAACACACAACAACGACCACAAGGGCUGGCUCAUCCCGGUGGAGGACCCUUCUCUGGCUCUGUGCGGCCACGGCCACGGCAGCAGCGCAGCCGCAGGAAUCGGUGGCGCAGCUCCGGGCGGCUUCCGCGAAUGCCAGGAGCGGGAACAUUCGCAACAGCAGCAACGGCAGCAGCGGCAACAGCAGCAGCAGCAGCAGCGGAAAGAACGGGAGCAACCGAGGAAACCGGAACGGCGGCGGCAGAAACGACCGGAGGGCCUCCUUUGUCCGACAGCAGCUGCAACAGCAACAGCAGCAGCAACAGCAACAACUAGAACAGCAACGGCAACGGCAACAGCAACAGCAGCGGCAACGCACGAGCAUCGACGACGAUGCCGAGAACACGAACCGAAAGAGAAACUCGGGCAGCACGAACGCAAGCUCGGGCAGAAACAGGAACAAGAGCAAAAACAACAUCGUGGCCACCCCUUCCAGCCAACACGGUCGGAAGAAGACCGGCUUUGAAAGCAACCACGAUUACAACUACAACAAUAGCAACAGUGACAGUGACAAUGACAGCAACAAUAUCAACGGCAACAAUAGCAACAGCAACAAUAGCAACAGCAACAAUAGCAACAAUCACAUGCGGGACGCCGUCCACGCGGACUUUCUCGAUUGGUGCCGGCUCUACCACGGGAUCGACACCAGCAAGGUAGAGAUCGGCUACUCUGGCUACCCCGACUACAUCCGGGCGAUGGAAGACCGGAUCGACGUCUUUUGCGAGGACUGCAUCGAGGAAGAAGAGGCGGAGGACGCUUACCUUGCCUACUACCGGGACCGCGUGUCCGGGUACGGUGGUGUCGGCGUCGGCGUCGGCGUCGGCGUCGACGUUGGCGUUGACAUCAGCAAGGGAAACAGGAUCGACACGAAUGACGACGGUGACGCUGACGGUGGCAUGGACCACCAUGCCGACAGCGACAGCGACAACGGAAACGCUUCAAGCCACCAGCAUUCGCUUUCGAAACCUCCCCCGUUCCCCGAGCACUCGCUCCUCCUGGACGACCGGGCCGACCGGCAAAAGACCGCGGAAGGGGAGUACCCCCUCGUUCCGGUCCGGGGCCUCUUUGCCUCCAAGCCGAUCCAGAGGGGCGAGGUCGUCCUGUCGAUUCCCAGGAGGGCGCUGUGGACGGUCGGGAGCGCGAUCGACCGCUCGGGGGACGCGGUCCUGGUACGGGCCCUGGGGCCCGAGGCCCGCCGGAGGCACGGCUGGGAGAUUGCCGGCGACAACAUCAUUCACAGCAACAGCAACAGCAACCACAACAGCAACGACGAUCACGACGAACCCGCCAGCAGUCCGCUCGACGAGAUUCCCUUGCUCGCGGUCACCCUGCUCUAUCGGACGAUGCAAGGCCAGCAGCAGCACAACACCAACAACAGCACCAACCACAACMACAACACCAACACCAACACCAACAACAGCCCCCGCAACGAGGUCGGGCCCUACCUCGACGUCCUCCGCCUCCACKAAGACGACCUCUCCGAGACGGUCCCGCACCUGUGGCCCUCGUCGAGGCUCCGCACCGGAGCCACCCCCGGGGUCAGGAGGGUCGCCCGGGAGAUACGCAGGGACGUCGUGGAGCUCUACGACUCGGUCGUAUCGGUGCUCGCCAGGGAGCACCCGGCCGUCUUUGGGAGGCCGCCUUCGCAGGCACCUCCGGAAGGACCGCCGCAAACCACCCCGAGCGAAACCAAACACCACAACGAACACCACAACGAAAGCGACGACGGGUGGAUGUUUUCCCUCGAGAAUUUCCACAGGGCCUACGCGCUGAUCAACGCGAGGCGCUGGCACCUGCCGAUCCCGGACGACGAAAGCGACUACGACCACGAUUGUGGCGACGACGACGACCCGGUACUCGAUGGGAUGUCCGCUCCCCCUUCCUUGGAGGAGGAAACCGAUCCCCCCGGUGCGGGCGGCGAAACCCAGGAAUCCUUCUCGGACCGGGAGGCCCCCCCCGCGGCGACGCCCACCGACGAAUGGGUCGUGACCAAGGACCGGAGGCAGAAGGACGGCGAAGCACGCGUGCUGCCAAACGGAAGCAGCCCAAGAGCGGGGGAAACAACGACAAACACAAAGACAAACACAAACCCAAAGCCAAACCCUUCCCCCCUCCCGGUGGCCAGGUCCUUUUUGCUGCCCCUGGCCGACCUGCUCAACUUUGGCCCGCCCUGCACCCGCGGGGCCUACAACGCUUCCACCGACGCCUUUGAGAUCGUGGCGGCCUGCGACUUUUCGACCGGACAGGAACUCACCUUUUGGUACACGGACGCCUGCGAGGACGUGGUCGUCGCCAACUACGGGUUUGCCCUGCCCGGGAUGGUCCACAAGUGCGACCAGGACGACCGAAGGGGGUACUUAAAAGCCGGCGAAAAAGGCCACCGCUACGACGGAAGCGGCAGCGGCGGGGGACCCGGCAGCGACAACAGCCAUGCCCCGGGCGACCCUUCUUCCCCGGCGGAAGACGAUGGCUCCCUGGAGGACGAGCUGCUCGGCGCAUACGACGAGCUCGAUCGGCUGGACCAACACGUCGAUCUCCUCCUCCGGGUCAUCGAGGACUGCCACUGCGAGAACCAGACCGCCGCCUUGGACCGAAGCAGCGCAGCCCCCGAUUUCGAUUCUUUUUCCGACGAUUCCAGCAGCGAGGGAGGGCCGGGGGACCGAGGAAGCAGAAGCGGCCACGCGAUCCGCGACGGGACCAACGGAAGCGGAAGGCCGCGCAGCGAAACCGGGAGGCAACGGCGGAAGGGGGAGGAGCAGGAGCAGGAGCAGCAGCAACACUACCACCACCCACACCACCACGCCCGGACGCGGACGACGCCCCGGAGGCACCACGGCCACCGGCACCACCAGAGCGGGGGCAGCGAGGGCUCCGAGUUUUAGUUUCGUUUCGUUUCGCUCGGCUCGGCUCGGCUCGGGCGGAGGCGAGCGCACCGC